GUGAUGCUCGGUAGCCUGGUGCUGAUUGCCGCCUGGGUUACAAGCCUUGCCUGGAUCAUUGUCUACAUCAGCUGUGAGGCGCUACGCCAAGGUGCCGCAAGCACGAUCCAAGAAGCUCUCACAGCCGAGAGCUCUCACAGCAUGUUAGGGUGGCUGCAGAUCUUCCACACUCCUUCCAAAGAUGAGGCGAGCUUUUCCUUGCCCCAGCCAGAAGCGGUGAGCUUUAAACACUGGCCGCCGGCAUUUCACAAACCAGUCGCUCUGGCUUGCAAUAGCCAUCUUGGCGACAUGCUCCUUGUUUUUGAGAGGUAUGGUGCCUUGGUUCUACCCCUGCGAGAUGAUCCUGGCCUUACUGGGCAGAUAGCACAAGUUCAGGCCAGGCUGGAUCAUUGCCUCACAGAGGAGCCGCUGAUGAUUUUCCAAGCGCAGGGCAUCCGCAGCGCCAGCAUCCAAUGCAGCGGUGCAGGCGGUGCAGGCGUCCAGGAUAUGGCCGACUGUACCAUCUGGCUCCUCUCAGCAAAGGGCUCCCAUGUCCUGCUUUGUCCCUUGUCGGGAGUGAUGAACGUCACCCGUGUUCUUGGUGGGCCUUGGAGGGGCCUUGCAGGAAAGGGACCGUGGGCAGUGCGCACUUCUGCCACCGGGAUGGAGGAGCCUAGCGACGAUCUGGUACAGCUGCAGCUGCUGUGCGAGCAUGAAGCCUGCGAGUUUGUGCCCCAACGAAGCUUCGAGUUGACCGAGCUUAAGGUCCGUGACCUCGUAGCAUGGGACAUACACCCAUCCUGGCUCUUCGUUUUUGCUGAGCAAGAGGAGGCCCUCCAUGGGUUCCGUGUGGUUACAGCAGGGUCUGAGCCCGUGAAGUUCAUCAAGAUGAUGCUGCCCCGGGUACCUACCGGCGCUACAUGGCUCGGGGGCUGCGUGAUGAACGACAUCAUGUACUCCUUGCACCAA